GGUAGGAUCUGCUCUCUAUAUACAUACACACAUAUAUAUAUAUCUCGCUCUCGCACACACGUACUCCCUCUCUCUCUCUCUCUCUCUUACUCAUUUUCAAUGUUUUUCCCCUACUCUUUCUUUACCUACCGCGCAACCACCUACGUCGCACGCGUCGUUCACGUAUCUCUUUCUCGCUCGUGUAGGCGCAUCAGUCGCGCCAUCUCUCUCCCCUCGUCUCGAGAAUAAAUAGGGCGGGAGAGAGAAGGAGAGAGAGAGAGAGAGAGAGAGGGAGGGAGACAGAGAAAGAGAAAGAGAGUGAACGAGCGAGUCGUGUCCGGCGGUGGCCCGGACGAAGGCUGCUGCUGUUGCUGCUGCUGCUGCUGUUGCUGCUGAUUCUGAUUCUUCUACUUCAUCGUCCUUUUUCUUCUUCUUCUUCUUCUUCUUCUUCUCCUCUCUUUCUUCAUCUUUCUCUCUCUCUCUGUCACUUUCCCUCUUUUUUUUGCAUCAUCGUACGUCACUCCUCCCCCUCCUCCUCCCUACACACCCAUCGUCCUUUUCCACCACUCUACUCCUUCCUACUUCUCCCCUCGUACGAAGGAUCAGACUUCUUUUCUUCUCGCAGUGUGUUCCUCGGUGUUCGAUCGACGUGUCGCUUUAUUAACCAUCUCGCGAGUUCUUCCUCUUUUUAUCUUCAUUUUUUCGAGUAAUCUAGAGAGAAAGAGAGAGAGAGAGAGAGAGAGAAGGAAUAGAGAGAGAUAGAUCUAUAGAAAAGUAUAAUCUCUUGAAGAUAUAUCCGUGCGUGUGUGGAUAGGAACGAGACAGAACGAUGAUGCAAGAUCGUCGAAAGACCAUCGUAACUUCUUCUCACUCUUAUUAUUAUUCUUCUUCUUCAUCCGUCAACCUUCGAACAAGUCCGGAUUACGUACUCCUUUUAACUCGACGGGGGUAUCCCUCGAGAGAAAUUUUAACGAGAGAGUACGAACGAAGCUCGUAAAAGUGUCCCUUCGCGAUUAUAUUAUAGCUUAUUCUCUUUCUCGUGAAGAGAGUAAAAGCUCUCCUCAUUCCUGAGAACUCGGGAGGUGUCUGGUGCUCUAGGAUAUAUAUUUCCCCGUUUUGUGACGAAGAGAAAGAAGAGAAAGAAGAGAACCCACUCGUGGUAGGCUGUGUGUACCAGGUGAUUGCAGCGAGCUCCUCGCAAAAGGUGCUGUACCUUCGUUCGAAGCGACACCCACCGAGUCGACCGAUCAGCUGUUCGCCGGCCGACGACGCUUCGAUUUCUUCAGACGAUCCCGAUGCUGCUCCAUCAGACACACCUACAGAUCGUCACUUCCGGAAUAACUCGCUUUACGGGCGAAAGUCCAAAGGACAAUGUUGUCGUAUAUGUUACCGACGGAGGACAAACCACCGCCUGGAGAACCGAAUCAAAAUCAUCAAAAGACUCAGGGGAAUUAUCGGAACGCGAGCAGGGUGCAAAAGAGUCCUCGAGAGCAGCAGCAGCCGAUUCGGCAAAAGACGACGGCCUCCUCUUCCAUAAACAUUUCCGUUGCAACGACCUCGCCGAAAAAGUUCGUAGACGGAACUAGAACUAUGAUAGUAUCGAGCAGAAUCGAGGAUCAACAACCGAGCUCGAUGGAUCGUCAUCAAUAUCAGCAGCAACAACACCCUGUGCCUUCGGAAAGUCCGAAGCACAAUGGUACAUUAACGAAGAAGUCUACCCUUCACAAUUCAACGAGGGUAACCAAGGACGACAGCCUUUACAGCAUCGACAGCGACGCGAGUACGGUCGGUAGCGAUCGGAAGAACAAAAUUCUGAAUGGCGCGAAGCACGCCAGUCUCAAGAGAGUGUCCUUUGGCUCCAGCAAAGGGUCGAUGGUGGAGACUCUUGUUUACGAGACUCCUGUUCAAGAGGAACCAGAGAUCAAUCACUUUUUGGACCACAAUGGCCGCUUACCCCCACCUAUGAUACCUGUACCUGACACCGACGAAGGCAGAGAAAAGGUACGCGUGUCGUUGCUCGGUCCACAACCUUCGCCCGCUACACCUGGUGUCCUAUUGUUGGAGCCAAUUGCACCGCCUAUUGGCCACCCCAUCGACAUGGCUGCGAGUCCUGCUGAACUUUUAACGACGCAUUCUGAACACACCACCCCUGCGUAUCACACGCAGAUCAGCACGGAUAGCGGAUGGGACAACCCGUUCAGGCCGGACGGUGACUUGUCGAGAGAAGCUGACGAGAUAGUCGAGCUGAUAAAGGGUGGUAAACCAAUCACCCCGACUCCCGGACAAACGGCACCACCUUUACCAGGAUGCGAAGAGACGGGCAAAACGACGCCUGGACCGGAUCACGAUUCGAGUUCCAGUCCUCUUUUAAAAUCAAAUGCAAACUCGACGAAUCGUCAUUCGAAUGCAUCGCCGAGGCUGAAUCAAGGAAAUGGAAAUGCCCAUGGUACGCCGAUAAAAUCUUCGACAGUAGUGAACAGUCAGCUGAGUGCAAACGAGAAGGUUGGCCCAGGAUCGAGGACCGUCGAAGUUGCGAGAAUGACGGCACAAGGACCGGGCGAUGCGUCGCAGGUCGAGCACGUCACGUUGAAGAAGAAGCCUAAAUGCAAAUGCUGCGUGUUGCAGUAACGCGAGAGAAAACGCUUUAGGACGUCUUGCGAGAUUUAAAUGGAGACGAGAGGAAAAGGAAAAGAAAAAACAAGAGAACGAGGGAGACGACGUAAUAUCGGCAGCUUGCUUACUAUCGAUCGUCUCGUUUAAGCGAAUUAAAAAGAACAAAAUAAGAAAAAAAAAACGAAACGAAAAGAAAAACACGCAAGGAAAAAGGCGGGAAAGAAGAGGAGCUUUCGAAUAGCAUUACCAUGAAGUACCGAUUACCAACAUUGGUAAAUUAAUAAUCACACCUUCGUGGCAAUGAACUCGUUUCUCAAUUAUAUUAUCGUGUCGUUAUUCCAACGAGAACGAGAAGAUAAAGAAAAAUAAAAGAAGAUAGAACCAGGGAUAUAUAAAAAGAAUCUUCUGUUUUCUCAGCUCUCGAUUGGAAAAGAAGAAACGAUUUUGCCUACGAGAGUGGAGACUCCUCUCUCACCUUGUGAUGUAUUUGCGUCUUAUAAAUGGUCUCGUAGUAAAAGGCUAACGUGUCCAUAGUUGUUCUACGCUCGACGUAUCGCGAGACGUAAUCGAUGUUCAAAUGCAUCUAACGUACAUAUGUCUGCCGAGACAGAGGGGUAGGUGGGUAGGUGGGUGGAUGGGAACCGGAAAAUAUUCGAAACGAAGUAAAAAAGAAAAGAAAAAAAAAGAAAGAAAGGAAGAAAGAGAUGAAGAUUAUAAUAAAACUAUAUUGUAGAUAAAGAAUGGUAGCUGUAUAGCUUAUAUGCUUUUACUAUUGUGGUUUAAAAUAUCAAGAUUAUCGUGAUUAUAUUGAUUGUGUCGAGCAGAAAAAAACCGCAUAGAGGUGCGCAAAGGAAGCUGAGAACCGAUCGACGGUAUCGAGCGUGUAAUUUUUAAGUAAGAAAAAGAGGAGUAAGGUGGAAACGAAGGUGAUGAUGAUAAUGAUAAUAUUGAUGAUGAUGAUAAUGAUGAUGAUAAUGAUGAUGAUGGUGAUGGUGAUGAUGAUGAUGAUGAUGAUGAUGAUGAUGAUUGAUUGAUGAUAAUGAUGAUGAUGAUAAGAGCAUAAGGGCUCGCUUGAGAACGCAGUUUUACUUCUUCUGAAAAAAUCGCGAAAAUCGGGGGUUCAACGUUCGGUCUUCGACAUUACUCUCGCCAUCUUUUCUGUCUGUUUUUUAAUCUUCUUCUUCUUCUUCUUCUUCUUCUUCUUCUUCUUCUUCUUCUUCUUCUUCUUCUUCUUCUUCUUCUUCUUCUUCUUCUUCUUCUUCUUCUUCUCCUUCUUCUCCUUCUUCUUCUUCUUCUCCUUCCUUCUAUUCUUUAUGAUUUUUUCUAUAAUACUUUCUCUUAGCAAAACGCGAAUACACUUUUCGUCCACACUUUAUAUAUCUGGCUUUAUACAUAUACGUAUCAAGUUCGAAUAAAAACCGGGCGCUUAAGGGGCUUAAAGAAAAAGAAAAAUUAUAUAAAAAAAAAAAAGUACGUUCUCGUGCGUGAUCCGAGUAAAGAUUCAGGAUUUAAACCUUGGUCUGUAAAUAUUAUAGCUAGUGUAUUUUUUUUCGAGUGAUGCAGAGAGAGAGAGAGAGAACGAAAGAAAGAGAGAGAGAGAGAGAAUAACGUGAGAGAGAGAGAGAGAGAGAGAGAGAGUGCUUGCGUGAAUGAUGAGUACAAAGAAAAGAGAGAAUGUUAUGAAAGAAAAAAAGCUUGCAAGAAAGCUCGUUGAUACAAAAAAAAAAAAACAAA